UCGAACCGAACGUAUGUGGUGUAAUCUCCCUUCGUCCUUGACGUCUUUUCUCCGAUCCUUCUCACGAACCGUCUAUGCGCUUCGUGUGUCGAUCGUCGAAACGUAAAACGAAAGUGCGAUAAUUCGUAACCGAGUCUUGACAACCAUCGACCUUAUCGAUCAUUUUCACAAUCAGUGGAGUGUUGUCAUCGCGGAAUUUCGACACGUAGAUUCUCCUCCGAGUGCAAAAUAUAUAUACCCGCACGUUCAGCUGUACGAUCGUGCAUAACAAAACGGGGAGGAACGUUAUUCGUUCAUACGUGUGUUGGUCGUUUACAGGUGCAAUUGACAACACGAGUGACGAUGGAUAGCAUCUCCUACCUGCGCCAGUGAAACGACGUACGCUCGCCGGACACGUGAUCAGUGCUUACAGUCGGAGAUUGUUAGGUUAGAAAAAUUGUUAUUCUCAACGUUCGCGUGUUCGCGUGAUGACGCUUGCAGUUUUGUUCCGCUAAAACCGAUCGCCUCAAUAAAUUAACUAUCUUUGUUACACAGGAUAUCCUUGCGCUGCCCAAGGUCGCUGGACCGAACGAAGUGUGAAUUAUUCGAUGCCUAAAAAACGGUCAUACUCGUUGUGAGCUUAAUAUGCGUACUAUGUGGAGACGGACCAGUUUGGUAUCUGAUUCGAUAUUCACGGAUUCGCAAACGUUCGUCGAAGUGUGACUCUCGCACGCGUUCAUGAAUCACGUAAUGUAUACAACGUAUGUUUUGUUUAACGAAAGUGUUUUGGACCACGUUUGAUAAUAAGACGCGUGCAAUGCGUUAUUGGUGUUUGUGUCGCGACGACUGAGAGCUACGCGUUACGGUGUGUAUCUAAUGUCAAGACGAUAUAAUUGGUGCUGUCUCUUAAGGGUCGAGUCGUUUGUGUCAACAUGCUGGUGAUUGCUUUACUACUACUGUUGGGCCAGCCAGUUGUACCGACGCGCUUUUUUGUUCGCGUCUUUCUGUGAAUCAAGCCCACUUAAAGAUCGAACAGUCAAGAGGGUGAUACAUACUUCCGAAGAGGAGAAGUCGUAUUGAUGGGUGCAGAAGACAAACAGAGAGAGGGGGAACGCGAAUGGAGAAAAUAUUAACCCGGUCAAGACGAAAGUCAGUGUCUACUCGACUGAUUUGACAUUUCCGUGUGCGCGCGCGCUUAUUUCGAGCUCCAGCGAGGUCCGUGUUUUCAUCGCUUCGAAACGGGAGCCCGGAAGAAGAGAAAUGGGAAUAUUGGGAAAAUUACUUUCGUCGGUGUCCCUGGUGUCCAUCUGGUGUCUGCUGAUCGUCGAGCCCGGCAAGGUUCAGAGGGAACAGGAUCAUCUGGGCACCCUGAAGACCUAUCAGCGCGCAGCUUGUGAUGAGGAGUCGAUGACGCUGAAGUGUCCGCUAGGUACCACGAUUUCUGUCGUUCUCGCACAGUAUGGAAGGGCCGGCGUGAACAGCACUGAUAGAUGCAGCUACUCUGAUCCAUCCACCUACAUCGGAGACAGGCAGGCGAAUCAGACUUGCAUCUGGCCACAAUCGCUGCAG